CGUCAAGAGGAAGAAAAACAGAGGAAGCGGUAUGUAUAAACAGUGAAAUGUCCAGACUCUUAAAGAAAAGCAAACCUGUUAAACUUCGAGGUCACAGCGGGGACAGAAAAUACGGCAUUGCUUCUGAAGAUGUGAAGGAGCUGAUUAAAAAGGGCUGCAAGCUGUUACAGCUGCCACUUUCUGGUGCUCAUGUGUGUUUAUAUGAAGAUGGGACAAUAGUGACGGAGGAGUUCUUUCCCACCCUGCCUGAUAACUGCGAACUAGUUCUUCUGUCAAGGGAUCAAACAUGGAGUGGAGUUGUUUGUGACAUUGGUCGGUUGCUGAACACCGAUCGCCACACUGACGGUCUCAUUGAAGCAGCGAAGGGUCUUAUCUCUGACGAGAAAUCUUUCAAGAGGCGCAAAGUCCUUACUGACCUGCUGCAGAACCUGGAGGACAGAUCAGAUCUGGAGAGCAGAGAGGAGGAUGAAGACUGGUUCACUGGUGUUGAUGUGCGAUUCAAAACAAAGUCUGCCUACAUGAAGUACAACUGUGAAAGCAGAAUACGGGGCUACAUGAAGGAGGUGGACAAUGCGACCAACGGCAUACAGAAAGCUAAAGUGAAAGCGGAGUUUUUAAAAACAUCAAAGUGCCUGGGUGAAAUGCUGAAAAAUGACAAGUACAACGGUAAAUACUUCGAUAGGACAGAGAAGGAGUCAGGGCGCCUCUGCACUAAGGAAGGAUGGUUUACUUGUCAGGGAUCAUUUGAGCAGAAAUUGUGCCACUCGCUCCAUUCAAUCAACCCGUACGGCAGCAGAGAGAGCAGGAUCGUCUUCAGCACUUGGAACCUUGAUCACAGGUGGAUACUUCCUGUUCCCGGAGUAGUAAAAACAGCAGCCAAUCAAACAUGUUUUUUGUUUCCCCUUUUCUGCAGGAUUGAAAAGAAGAGAACGAUCAUACCCGCUCUGCUGGAGGCUCUGCAGACUCGUAAGACUACAGACAUAAACUUGAACUACUUCUACCAAAUGCUGUUCACCAGGGAAAACCUGAAGCUAGUGCACAUCGUCUGCCACAAAAAGGGAGUGCACAACCUGACGUGUGACACCAAGAAGAUGUUCAGGACUAGUAAAAAUGCAAGGAAAGCAAAAGGAGAUACAAAAGGGAAGAAAAAGCGUUUAACCUGAAACAUUUUUAUUUUGAUGUUUUUUAAAUUUGUUUUUAUUUGCUGUAAAAUUUAUAACUUGUCUUUCAUUGAACAAAAUGAAACAAAACAGUUUUGUAAAUCAUGAAAAGCUUUUUAUUGUAUUGUGUGGCACAAUCAUGUCAAAUAUAUGGAUGGAUUAAGAAUGUUGCCCAAAUAAUGAGACAUUCAAGCAGUCUGAGUUACACACUGAAGACAAAUGUUAAUUAUUUUUACAUAAAUAAGGCAGUAAUAUACAAUAUUUCUGUUAAGUGGUCAGAUAAAUCAGCUAUAUACAAAAACCUGUGGCUAUAGUUCUAGUGCAAUUGCAGAUAACCUGUUAAGGUUAUAUUUCUCAAUCAAGUUUGUUCAAAUCUAGUUAAACUGCAGAUUCUUAGGCAGAAAAAUCAACUUUGUCAUCUAAUAAGUUUAGCAACUAUAAACAGUAGGAAUAUAAAGAAUAAUUAGCUGCACUGGUGUGUGUGUCUACAUAUAUAUAUAUAUACAUUUUUUUAUCUACAUACAGACAUUAUGUUACAAAGCUGCCAAAAACCUUUAAGGAUGGAUUUUAGACACUUGGUGAAAAAUGGCUGGAAUAUGACAUUCAUCUCUGACCUUGUAAUAAACAGAUCUGCUCUUUG